CAUUAUUCCCUAUGCAAUGAAUCCAACAUCAAAUUCCCCCGCCCCCUCUGAUCACUAAACAACUCAAUCGUCAUCAUCAUUCAUCGCACCCUCUCCCAAGAAAAACAAAGUCUCAAUCCUUUUCAACCACGCAAAAAACCAAAUUCCAAAAUGGGAAUUCAAGAAUUGAACAAUUCAAAGAAAUUAUCACCAUCUUUAGAAGAAGAUUCUCCAAUCAGAGCAGUAUUUUGUCUAAAAAGAAAGACGAAUGAUAUGAAAAAGAUUGAAGAAGUUGAAGAUUGCUUCAUUUUGGAUUUCGACCCUUCGGAAACCAUCGAUUUUCCCAAUAUUUCUCUCUCCAAAAGUUCAGAUCUUUGUGAUGAUAUUGAUGUCUCUGUUCUUGCUGAAAAAGGCAAGGUGGCUUGUAGAGAUUACCCACAUCCAAGGCAUCUUUGUGUGAAAUUCCCAUUUGAGAACACACCUCAUGAAUCACAUUGCAAAUUGUGCUUUUGUUACGUUUGUGAUAUGGCGGCACCUUGCGAAAAUUGGACAAAAGGGUUGAAGCAUUGUGAUGCAACUAGGGAUGGUGCUGAAAUUUGGAAGUUACUAAGGGCUAAAAGUGUGAAAGAUUGAUUAUAUCUAUAGUACAGUUUAAUGGAAGAUGCUAAAUUUUUUGGCUAUAUCUUGUAAGAUUGAAAGAUUUAAUGUCAAAUUCAUGCUUUGAGUUGGCAAUGGUAGAAUUAUUUAGUAGUAUGAUUUAGCUAAGAGAUGGUGUGACUAAUGAUUUAAUGAAUAGUGAAGGAAGAUGUGUAGAUAUGAAUUUUUGCUUAAAUGUCACCAAAUUAAUACUACUUGGAACUUGGAAGUA